GUGAAUAGGAAGCUGGGGCCGUUAUUAGCAUUGGGAAGGGCGCUGAGGAGAGAAGUGACCGAGCCAGCGAGCUGGGGAGGCGAUGUCCCUCCAGUAGGGACGGGAAGAGAGAGACUCUUCUUAGGAGGGGUACUGAUCCAAGUGGGAUUGCCCCUCAAGACUUUGCUCCAGGACUAUCAGGCUGGACUCCAGGACUGACAAAUAGAAUCUCCACCUUCAGAUGUGGUUGGAGGGGUGGAAUGUUUCAAACAGUUGCUAUGGUCACACAGUAGCGUGCGGAGCUGCCCGAGAAGCUGAGAACCUGCUGCAUCAGCUGCUACAUGGUUUCAUGUCUAACUAAGACAGACUGGAUUUGGAGGAUGAAGUCCAGCCUAAUGCAUUUGAUUCCUCCAGUGAGUAGGGACAGAAUAAUCUCCCACUUCCCCAAGUGGUACACACCAGAGGCCUGUCUCCAGUUCAAAGACCACUUCCAUGCACUGGUCAGGAGUGCCUGUCAGCAACGCAACACUGGGACAGUUGGGCUGAAAAUAUCUAAAGUGGUUGUGGUAGGAGACCUCUAUGUUGGGAAAACCAGCCUCAUCAACAGGUUUUGUAAAGAUAUUUUUGACCGAGACUACAAGGCAACCAUUGGAGUGGAUUUUGAAAUUGAACGGUUUGAAAUAGCUGGAGUGCCAUAUAAUCUCCAGAUAUGGGACACGGCAGGUCAGGAAAAGUUCAAGUGCAUUGCAUCUGCUUACUACAGAGGAGCAGAGGUUAUUAUAACAGUGUUUGAUCUGGCUGAUAUCCAGACUUUGGAACACACGAAGCAGUGGCUAGAGGAUGCAUUGAGGGAGAAUGAGCCAGGGUCCAGCUUCAUCUUUCUGGUUGGAACAAAGAAAGAUUUAGUGUCAGGUGCCGCAUGUGAGCGGACAGAACUGGAUGCCAUUCGCUUUGCCAAUGAGAUGCAGGCUGAAUACUGGUCUGUCUCAGCAAAAACAGGGGAAAAUGUAAAGGAGUUUUUUUCUCGAGUUGCUGCCUUGGCCUUUGAACAGUCUAUGCUGAAGGAGUUGGAGAAGAGCAAUGGUCGCAUGGCCCAGAUCGGGGCAGGAAACCUCAUCAAAAUAGAAGGAAAUUCACUGGAGACUCCAGAAAGCAACAGCCAAGCCAGCCUGAACUGCUGCUAGCUGCCAGUCAUUUCUGCAAGCAUCACACCUCCAUCUGCAUGUGCGUACACCUGCAUGGCGCACCUGCAGUGGGGAAAGCUCUCAAGCAGCUUCCAGUUGAGAGAUGGAAAGUCAGUUUAUCUCAGGAAAGAAUGGAGGAGCUGAAAAUGAUUCAAGCAAUUUCCCUUCAGACCGAAGAUCUCUCUCCCACCCCUUGCUUUGUGCUCUCCUUGUGCAGGCAGCACAAUGGUACAUAAACCUUCCCUGUGCAAUGGGGAGAUUGCUUGUGUGAUCACCUGAGGGAUGGCAAGCUGUCUUUACUCAAGGGGAUGGAAUCAACCGAACUUUUCCGCCUGCUACCAGGAGGACCUGUUAAAAAAAAAAAAAAGUUCUGUACUUGUAUUAUGUUCUUGGUAGCCACCAGAACUCUAGAAUCUUGGAAAGUGAAGUCCUGGCCCCAUUCUUGUAGGAGCAGAAAACACAUGGCAGUGCUGAUUAUUGUGGUGUAUUUGAUCUGUUUUGUCUUUUUUAAACACAAAAUCCUUGUACAAAAUUAUGCUGACUUGCACACAUAGUUUAACAUGAUAGUGCUGAGAGAAAUAUUCCUCUUGUUUCUGGGAUCAGGAUAUCUGGUUUCAGGAUAUCUGUCGAUCCUUUGUAAUUUUUAAGUCUAUACAUAUUCUUCUUCCAAUGGAUGCAGACCAGAAUCCCACUCAAGUGUGUGUGUGUGUGUGUGUGACCAGUGUGCUGGAGUAGUACUCGUCAGAGUGACACACAUGCCUUCAGCCUCCUCAUGGCUCCUAAGGCUAUAUAAGGCUGAUGCCACCCUGAUUUCCCCCCCCCUCAGUCCCUUCUUAUCACUCAUGGCCUGAGUCGCAGCUUCCCAUGUGGUUCUCCUCAUGUUUUUUUUCUGCUACAUAGUUAGCUCUUAGCUAUUUACAGAUGUAAUGAAGUUAUCAGUAUAAAAAUAUUGCUCAGGCAUGCAGGAGUGAAAUCAGGAAGGUCAAAUCACACUUGGCGUUGCAGCUAGCAAGAGAUGUUAAGAGUAACAAGAAGGGUUUCUUCAGGUAUGUUAGCAACAAGAAGAAAGUCUUACUGAAUGAGGGAGGAAACCUACUGAUAGAAGAUGCGGAAAAAGCUAAUGUACUCAAUGCUUUUUUGCCUCUGUCUUCACAAACAAGGUCAGCUCCCAGACUACUGCACUGGGCAGCACAGCAUGGGGAGGAGGUGACCAGCCCUUUGUGGAGAAAGAAGUGGUUCAGGACUAUUUAGAAAAGCUGGACGAGCACAAGUCCAUGGGGCCGGAUGCACUACAUGCAAGGGGCUAAAAGAGUUAGCGGAUGUGAUUGCAGAGCCAUUGGCCAUUAUCUUUGAAAACUCUUGGCGAUCAGAGGAGGUCCCGGAUGACUGGAAAAAAAGCUAAU